AUGAAGCAAGAAGGAAACGAAGCUGUGGUAGAGCAUGCGCGCUCCUCAGUUGAGGUCUUCUCUGCUCCUCCUGAGCUCGACAGGCACUCGACUGGAGAAGACUCAGUCGCUGCUGAAGACAAACGAGAGCCCAUUCUCAUCACAUGGGAUGGGCCGAACGACCCCCGCAGCCCCAAGAAUUGGCCUUCAAAAAAGAAAUGGGCAGCAGUAUUCUGUGUCUCAUUCUACACCCUCCUCUCGCCAGUGUCCUCAUCCAUGGUCGCGCCCGCCCUGGAAGCAAUAGCCCACGACCUCACCAUUCCUUCCGCCUUUGAACAGAUCCUCGUCCUCUCUAUCUUCGUCCUCGCCUACGCCCUUGGGCCCCUCAUCUGGGGCCCUCUCUCCGAGCUGUACGGUCGCAUCAUCAUCCUCCAGCUCACAACUCUGCUCUACAUGGCUUUCAAUCUCGGCUGCGGCCUCGCCACCACAAAAGCCCAACUCAUCGCCUUCCGCUUCCUCGCAGGCUUCGGCGGCUCGGCGCCCAUGGCCGUUGGCGGCGCCGUCUUUGCAGACCUCUUCAACGCCGAGGAGCGCGGGCGGGCUAUAUCGAUCUACUCGCUCGCGCCCCUGCUGGGCCCGGCCAUCGGCCCCAUCGCGGGCGGCUUCAUCACGCAGGAGACCACCUGGCGCUGGAUCUUCUACAGCACCACCAUCUUCGCGGGCCUCGUCCAGGGGAUCGGCUUGUUCGUGCUCCAGGAGACUUGCGCCCCGGUCCUUCUGGUCCGCAUUAAGAACCGUCUCGUCAAGGAGACGGGCAACACCGCCCUGCACACCGAGUUCGACAACCCGGAACGCACCGUCAUUCGCGCCCUCGCUGGUGCUCUCACACGCCCCUUCCGCCUCUUCGGCACACAGGUCAUCAUCCAGGCGUUGGCCGUGUACAUGAUGUACCUCUACGGCAUUAUGUACCUCGUCCUCUCCACCUUCUCGGCCCUCUGGACGACAAGGUAUGGAGAGUCGACCGGCAUCAGCGGGCUGAACUACAUCUCGCUUGGCCUCGGCUUCUUCCUCGGGGCUCAGACAUGCGCCAGGUUCCAGGACCGCGUCUACAUCGCUCUCAAGAAGCGCUAUGUCCCCGAUGGCGGCCCUGGGAAGCCAGAGUUUCGCGUGCCGAUGAUGGUUCCUGGGGCGGUUCUCGUGCCUGUUGGGUUGCUGAUGUACGGAUGGUCUGCGCAGUACAAGGCCCAUUGGAUCCUACCCAACCUUGGCGCGGUGCUGUUCAGCGCGGGCGUCAUUGUAGGGUUCCAGGGCAUUCAGGCGUUCUUGGUCGAUACGUACACGAGGUAUGCCGCGUCUGCCAUCGGCUCGGUCAUGGUGCUGAGAAGCGUUGCUGGGUUUGGGUUUCCGUUAUUUGCACCGGCUUUGUACCAUAGGCUGGACUAUGGAUGGGGGAACACGCUGCUGGCAUUGAUUGCCGUCGGUAUUGGUUUGCCUGGCCCUAUUCUAUUGUGGGUGUUUGGGGAGCGGCUGAGAAAGAGGAGUCAAUUUGCCGCUGGCUGA